ACACAAGGGCGUUUCCCUGUUCCCAAUUUAUUCCCACUGCCCUCAGUCAUUUCCCAUCUAAGAAUCAAACAGCAAGCAGUUUCUGUGAAACAAACAUUGACCAGAACCAGGUCCAAACGAAAAAUUGUGUCUCGCUGGAAAGCACCAUUACCUGUGCUUUUCCAGAUUUUUACAAGAUGUCAACAUCCGUUGAUGAAGUGUUGCAAAACAUUGACACCAACAGAUGUGUAGGAGUUGAAAUCCACAACAAGAGUAUGCGCUACAUUUUAACUGAACCUGUGACCUACAGUUACAGUGGCCGAGUGAGCAAUCCACCACCCCCCACCAUUGGCCAGGGAGAGAAAGGAGUGUGUGUGUUCAUCAAGACUCCCUACACAGCAUGCGGUACUGUCGGGGUGCUGACCUACAAGUUCGGCAACACUCAGAUCUCGCUGCUUGUUUCCAACCCGUAUGACUACGCCAAGUACAGCAUCGAGUAUGCUCUGUAUGUCCCCGACCGCUUCGUUGCAACUGACGAAAACUUAUACAACCAGAUGUACACCGAGCUACCGGAGUCACCUUCCUUCACCAAGACAGCGCUGGGCAAGGGAAACGCAGCACUGACCAUCACGAAAGGGGGCAUAUUUGUUUCAGCCACCAUGUCUAAUGAGAAGAAAGCUAUUCUCAAAAUAGAUUUCAGAGAUGCUUAACUCUCUGCAAAAGCUCUGGCAGUUGGUAUUGGAUACAAAUCUCUCCACGUUUUAAUAUGAUCACUAACAGUUUUUACCAUUGUUUGUUAUCUUCUUACUCUAAUGUUGGACUCUGAUCCCUCUGUAUGACCACUGCUGGUAAUUCAUUCUAUUGUCUGGUGAUUCUUUGCUUGAAAAAUAAAUAGUUUAACUUCUUCUGUUCAGUGGGAGAUUUUAAAGUUCACUGUUGGUAAUUUGGCAGAUUUUUUCUAAUUGUAAUCACAUUUCUAAAGUUAAUAAAACUAUAAUCUAUCAUCA